AUGGAGGAGACAUUAAAGAAAAAGAAAUCGAUAUUCUUCCCAGAUGACGAUAGGAAUACAUCACAACAGGAUUUGAGCAGCUUUACAAAGCGUGCCACUAUUUCAAAGCCUGCUAAUGCUCGUGAGGGUGAGCUGUCACAGAUGGAGGACACAGAGUCCGAGCAGAAGUAUCAAGAGAUCAUAGAGUUGUUGGUCACUGGUGGUUACUUCCGUGCACGUAUCCAAGGUCUGUCACCAUUCGACAAGGUAGUCGGUGGUAUGGCCUGGUCCAUCACUGCCUCCAACGUCGAUGUCGAUGGUGAUCUCUUCUUCCAAGAGAACUCAAACAUUGGUCAAAGGAUUGCACUGUCUGAAGAGUUGAUUAAAGCUUUGAAUAGGAUGAAGUGCCCAUUCCCUUUGCAGGCACAACAGAUUCAGGGUCUGAACUAUAUCAACUUGUUCCCUAUUAUUAGAUGGUUGAUUGCCAAGGUCAUUGAGACUCGUGAGGAGACUGGUGAUCUGCUGAGGAUGUACUCACAGACAAUGUUCAACAAGGAUCAUCAGGCACCACACGACGUCGAGACCUCGGAGAACCUGGCCCACUCAUGCACCUUUGUCGACACGGUCGAAGACCGCUACAAGCCUCAGCGCAAGUUCCGUCGCGGCCAAUCUGCCCAUCCCACGCCUCAACAGACCUUGCUCGAGUAUGGAAAGCUGCACAGACUGUCACGUGCUCAGCCUGUCGAGAAGUCGGCCAAUGCCGCAAAGCUCGAGGCUGCGCUGGCCAAAGAUGGCUCGGACAACCACGAGGAGGAGGAGAAGCGCAUCAACAUGAUGAUGAAGGGCAUGAAGGACGUGGACAUUAAUGGCGCCUACAAGGUCAGCGGCGGCAUCCUCAAGAACUACCUGCCCUCUGACGAGAUCAGCGAUUUGGCUGAGCGCUACGGCGACGGCACAGAGGACCCUGCCACGCAGGGCAAGGCAUUUGGAGAGAAGCUGCACAGACAAAAGGUGGCGGCACUCGAGAAGCAGAUGGGUCAGCGUCGCGAGGAACUCAAGGAUGUGCUGGCCAAGCACCGCGAGCUGCAGGAGCGUCUGGAGGAGCUGCAGGCCGAGGUGGCCAAGCGCGCUGCCUUCAACGAGAGGAUCAUCGUCGAGACACAGAAGCUGGACGCCCUAGAGACGCCCGAGAACACCAAGAUGCUGCGCGCACUGCGUGGCCUUGUCCUCCUCAACGAGACAUUGAUCUCGCAGGAGGCCAAGUUUAAGGACUCGUGCAAGCGACAGAUGCUCGAGUACAAACAAAAGAUCGACGAGCUGCUCAAGGAUGACGACGACGAGGACGACGACAGGAAGAAGCAGAUCGACGCCGCAUUCGCCACAGACAUUGACAAGCUGCAGAAGCUGAAGCAGCUGCUCAACAAGAAGAACAGAGACAUCUCGCUGCUGCAGCGCUACCUGGACGAGCUGCCCAGCCGUGCCGAGCUGCUGCAGUACCAGCGCAUGUUUGUCGAGUUGUCCGAGCAGAGCGACGCCAAGCUGACCGAGACGCGCCAGUACUACACGACCUACAACACGUUGGAGGACAAGCGUGCGCUGCUCGACAACGAGCUGUCCAUCCUACAAUCGAUUCUGACCAAGUACAACGUGGCCAUGUCAUCCAAGAACAACAAGGAGAUGUUUAUCAACUCGAUGGACAACAUCAUCGAUGGCAUUCAAUCAGUGUUGGACAAGUCCGAAGGCAAGCGUUCAAACGAGAAGCACAAGUACGGCACACUAUCCGACCAGUACAUGCAGUUGAUCGAACAGGAGAGAAGCUAUCACAAGUACACCAAGGAGUUCCAAGACGAGUGUCGUAAGAAUGAACUCCUUCAGGCCAAGCUUGGUGAGUUGUCGGCACAGUAG